CCGGCGAGUAAAGUAAAUAAUUAAUGUGUUACGAUUAACAAAUAAUAAAACAAAGAUAAUGGAUAAGUCAGCUUUUUGAUUAAGUAUUCAGUUAUGUAAUGUAUUCUCCUAGUCAACUCCCGGCGAUCGUUCAACAUUCAGUCUUCAUCGCGUCGUCAAAUCGUGUGUUUAGUUUCUUCAAGAUAAAUUAUAAUUAACUACUUUGAAAAAUGACUCCAACUAAUGGCGAAGGCGCGGAGCCGCCACAUAUCGUGGUACUGGACGGGGGGUUCUCGACACAACUGUCUUGUCACGUCGGGCACGUUAUCGACGGAGACCCGCUGUGGAGUGCUCGCUUCCUCUACACGCACCCGGAAGAAGUCGUUAACACCCACCUCGACUUUUUAAGAGCGGGAGCAGACCUAAUAAUAACGAACACUUACCAGGCAUCGGUCGAGGGAUUCGUAGAGCACCUGGGCAUUACGGCAGAAGAGUCGUUCGAGCUGAUCGUGCGAGCCGUGGAGCUCGCCAAGCGCGCCCGCUCUGCGUACCUGGAGGAGUACCAGGACUACUUACAGAACGGCAAAAUGACAAGUGGCUAUUUAAAAGAUCGUAUCCCGCUGAUCGUGGGUUCGGUUGGGCCGUAUGGCGCUCACCUGCAUGAUGGCUCGGAAUACGAUGGCAGCUACGCAGACACUACACUGUUGAGGGAUCCUUACCCUUAUUUUUUCGACAAUCAAAGCAUAGCUCACGGUGAAAGCUUUCAAAAGGUAGCCAAGAAAUGUUGGGAAACGAACCCUGACCAGCUAGUUGCCGUGGGAGUGAACUGCUGCGCGCCAUCCUUUGUGUCGAACCUCGUGAAAGGCUUCAACGACGACCGGCCACACGACCCCAUUCCGCUUAUCGUUUACCCCAAUUCGGGCGAAAAAUACAACCCUCAAAUAGGUUGGAUAGAUCGGGACAAGUGCGAAGCGGUGGAAGUUUUCGUGCAAGAGUGGCUGGAGCUGGGUGUGCGAUAUGUCGGCGGUUGUUGUCGCACGUACGCCGCUGAUGUCUCCCGCAUACGCAACCAGGUUCACUGCUGGCGCGACCGGUGGCGCUUCCAGGCGAAAUACCCCUACGCACAGAAUAACAAUGCUGAGUAAACAGCUCUAACGGUUCAUAGUUCCUUGGUGGUUAAUUACAAAACAUUGCUCAUGUAUUUUCUAUUAACACUUAUGUAAAUCGUAUGUGAACAGAAAACGUGACACCAAUUUUCAUCAGUUUCGUAGUCACUGAUAUUUUCAGAUCAGAUCACUACUCUUUUAACCCUGUUAUUAAAUACAUGAUUAACAACCGAACUGGUGACCUUGACUUGAUACACACCUCGAAUAUUGGACAUAAGUAGCUACAUACAGUUGUAACAAACCACCCUGAACCCUGAUUGACUUUGACUACGUAUAAUUGUUAUUUUAAAAUAAAAAUAUAUGUGCCAUCAUGAUAACUUUAAGUAAUUUACAGAUGUACCUAUGUAUACUUAUUAUUGAAAAUAUAGAAAAAUAAAUAUUUUUAUGCAACA